AUGUCCGCCAACAUGCAGUCCUCAGAGAGAAGCUCUCCGGGUCUUCUGGACAACCGUCCUAGUAGUGAUUUGGGCCCUUUAAAAGAAGCAGAAACUUCCACCAGGAACCGCCGGACUCGACGGGUCGCGCGCAACGCCGAGAGCUUCCGAUACAACCGCAAUCGUAGCGUUGCCCGAAGUAUCGCAACCCGGAUAAGAACUAGGAGUCUUGCACGGGCCGAGGCUGAGCAACAGAAGCAGCAACAACAACAACAAGAAGAAGAAGAACAGCAACAGCAACAGCAACAACAGGAGCAAGCAGAUAUAACAGCAAACGAAGCUCAAAAUAGCACGAUACCACCCCAAAUAAACGAAGCCGUCCCAAAAUGGAGACCAUCGAUCGCGCUUGGAUCACCGCUUUGGGUCGAAGGGGAGGAUCCCAACGCUAUCCAGAUAGCUGACCGCAAGGUGGCCCAAACCCGCCUCUGGGUUGAGCAUUACCAAGGCGUGCCGUACUUUGCCCAGGCAUAUCGAGAAGCCGUCGAGGCGAGAGCACAAAUGGACGAAUCCGCCGAGGAAAACACCCAGCCAAGGUCAACUCUCAAGUCCAUCCAUAACGCGGCCAUCCAAGACCGCCUGGAUGUACUCCGUUCCAUCCUCCAAGAUGCCCAAUUCCCCCCGGAGCGCGAAAACAUCAAAGCAGCCAUCGCCGGAUACGAGUCCGGCACCAUCCCCUACUCUGAUUCCUACACCCUCCUCUGGGCAGGCCGCAUCGUCGAUCGUUGCCUAGAUUUCCACGCCUUCACCCACGACCGCAGCACCCUCCUAGACCGCUACGCCGCCGAGUACGGACCUGGCUGGUUGUGGUACGAACCGCCACUGUCUUCCGCUGCAAACGGUGGCGGUAGCAAUAGCGGAAACGGCAGCCGAGCCAUGAGGGGAGGACCAACCGUCAUCGCCCGCAAGGGCUUCUGCCUCGAGAGCACGCCGAGCCGGCGCCAGGGCACCGAAAACAUGGGCCACUACAACAUUCGGAUGGGGUUCCGUCGGCGCAAACUCAACGUCGCCCGGCCCACGGCCAUCCUCAAGCAAGCCAUCCUCCACGGCAACGGCAACGGCCACAACCAUAAUCAUACCUCCUCACCCACCACCACCACCACCACCACCACCCCGCAAGACAACAACCACCACAACCUCCGCGUCAUCACCGACCCAACAACAGCACCAUCCACCUCCUCCAACCCCCCUUCCCUCCCACCAGCACCACCCCUGAGCACGCACAUCCCCACGAUCCCCCAACCCGACACCAGCAAACCAGGCUGCACCAUCCCGGACCCCGACGGCCCCCAAAUCCAAUUCAACAUGCUCCUCGACAGCGGCGCGACCCUCCCGACGCUCUGGGCCGGCGACCUGCCGCUGUUGGGGAUCGACCCGGCGCGGUAUGCGGCCCAGUCUGUGAGGAGGGUGAACACGGCUGAUUCGUCGCUGGUGUCGAGGGUGUAUGAGAUGGAUGUGAGGGUUUUUGGGGGUGGUGAGGUGGAGAGGGGGGAGAUCGGGAACGGUGGCAACAACGAUAACAACAGCAGCAGCAACGGUCACGGUUCGGGACGGACACCCCUCCCACACCAACAACAGCAGAAACCCCAACCAACACCUCCUCCACGACUAACAUCAGUAUCUUCCUCCUCCUCCUCCCCGGAAAAAGUAAAAGAAGCAGAACCCACCACCCUAAUCUGCACAAUCCCCGUCCUAGUCUUUCCCGGCGACUCCAAACAACCCAACGAAACCCCCGACAUCGCUCCCGACCGUCUCAGCGGUCUCCUCCCCUUCCACAUCUGCUACAUCUCCGGCGCAGCCGGCAGUUUCAAGCUCUGGAUGGGCGAAGAGCGCCGGGAUGUACUCGGCGCGGGUCGGUUGCCGGGUCAUGGGCGGUAUGGGGAGAUUCUUGGCGACCACAACAAUAUCAUCAAUAACAAGAUCAACGGCAGGAACAACACUAAUGGGGGUGGUACCGGGAGACCAUUCAAAAGAUUACCAGUAGCAACAACAAUCAAGCUAGAAAACUGGCGGAGCGAAUGCCUCAAGACCCCAGACCGAGUCGUGUUUGAGCACGAGCUGGAUGAUGGGAGCGCCGAAAGCGGUGUGCUCCGUGACGAGGACACCGUAGACGGCAACAUCAUCAUGCGAGCGCCACAGGGCGGUCUCGGCUUUGACACCCCUAGUCGUAGCAUGAAGCCUGACGGGAUCCAGGUUGUGGAUUUGCGUGGGAAGAGGCGUCGAAUUCAAAGAGACACCACUGAGUUCCAAGCGAACGUGGUUAAGCCGCAAACUAAGAGAAAGGCUGGGCGGGGAGGCCGCCACGGUCCAUCGUCCCUCGCCAACUGA